CCGGGGCAAGCGGAGGACCCAGCGAGGGGCUGGGCUGAGACCCGUCCAACUCGCUUCGUGCCAGGGAGAUGACGCUCGGGUGGCCGCGCAGGCAGCGGGGGAAGCAGCCGGUGCCGGUGACCUUCAGCGCGGCCGGUGAGGAUGAUGGCCAGCCCGGAGGAUGACCUCAUCGGCAUCCCCUUCCCCGAGCACAGCAGCGAGCUGCUGAGCUGCCUGAAUGAGCAGCGGCAGAUGGGGCUGCUCUGCGAUGUCACCAUCAAGACACAGGGGCUGGAGUAUCGCACCCACCGCGCCGUCCUGGCCGCCUCCAGCCGCUACUUCAAGAAGCUCUUUGCGGGGCCGGGGCCGGGGCAGGAGGUCUGCGAGCUGGACUUUGUCGGGCCGGAGGCGCUGGGCGCACUGCUGGAGUUCGCCUACACGGCCACGCUCACCAUCAGCAGCGCCAACAUGGGCGAGGUGCUGCGCGCCGCGCGGCUGCUGGAGAUCCCCUGCGUGAUCGCUGCCUGCGUGGAGAUCCUGCAGGGCAGCGGCAUGGAGGCGCCCGGCCCCGACGACGGCGACUGCGAGCGCGCCCGCCAGUACCUGGAGGCUUUCGCCGCGCUGCCCGAGGGUGAGCUCCUGGCCCCGCCGCCCUCGCGCCCCGCCGCACGCCGCAGCAAGAAGACCCGCAAGUUCCUGCAGACCCGCGGCGCCCGGCUCAACAACCACGCCGAGGAGCCGCCCGCCGAGGCCGAAGGCUGCAGCAGCCCCCCGCCGCCCCCCCAGCCGCCCUCACCCCCCCUGCCCGAGGGGCUACCUCUGUCCUACGACAGCUUUGAGCUGCCCGAGGAGGAGGAGCUGGCCCCGCAUCCCUUCCCCUUCCCCUACCAGCCUCCCCUGUCCCCUGAGGAGGCCGCCUCUGAUGAGGACGCCAUUGACCCCGACCUGAUGGCGUACCUGAGCUCGCUGCACCACGAGUCGCUGGCGCCGGGGCUGGAUACGCCUGACAAGCUGGUGCGGAAGCGCCGCUCGCAGAUGCCCCAGGAGUGCCCCGUAUGCCACAAGGUCAUCCACGGCGCCGGCAAGCUGCCCCGCCACAUGCGCACGCACACGGGGGAGAAGCCCUUCGCCUGCCAGGUCUGCGGGGUCCGCUUCACAAGGAACGACAAGUUGAAGAUCCACAUGCGCAAGCACACGGGCGAGCGGCCCUACUCCUGCCAGCACUGCAGCGCCCGCUUCCUGCACAGCUACGACCUGAAGAACCACAUGCACCUGCACACGGGCGCCCGGCCCUAUGAGUGCUACCUCUGCCACAAGGCUUUCGCCAAGGACGACCACCUCCAGCGGCACCUCAAGGGCCAGAACUGCCUCGAGGUGCGGACCCGCCGCCGCCGCCGCGAGGAGCCGCCGCCGCCACCGGUGGGUCCCCCCGGCCUCGACCUGUCCAACGGGCGGCUGGAGGGGCUGCGCCUUUCCCUCGCCCGCUACUGGGGUCCGGGAAGGAUCAAGGAAGAGGAAGAGGAGGCGGAGGGUGAGGAAGGGCCGCAGCCGGACGGCGCCGUGAAGGUGGAGACGGCGUAGGGUAGCUGCGGCGGCGG